AUGAGUCGCCUCGUCCCAGUUGAACUUAAUCGACCGACCCGCCCCGAUAUAGACGUUGCAAAAUCGAUAGUGAAAGGUGGGGAAGCUGAUUGGCUAGCUGCCGGUAAUCACGAGGUGCUGACGUCAGAGAUAACUCGUGACUUGUUUUCUUCCUCCCCUCUUACACAUCCCCUCCAUUAUUCCCCUCUAACGUCGGCAUCCCCCACCACCACCACCACUUCGCCUUUCUUGAUUCCUCUUUUAGUGAUCGACACACGGGCAGGAAUCGACAGUGUGCGCUUCUCGACGCUUAAGCCGGCGUCGACGUGCACCCCGCCCCAACCGCCUCCACUAACCCCGGUCCAUCAAAUAUUGUGUACAAUGAACACCCCCAUCGUUUUCCGAGCUGGCCUCUCUCUUCCUCUCACUCUAAGUCGCGUUCUGCUACUCUCUCUUUUCCUAUCAGUGCUUUCUGGUUCAUUUUUCUUUCUUUCUUUCUUUCUUUCUUUCUUUCUUUCUUUCUUUCUUUCUUUCUUUCUUUCCAGCCAACUUUCUUGUUUUCCAUUUCCAUUUUUUAUUCUUUUCCAGUUUCUUUUCCUUUCUUUCUUUCUUUCUUUCGUUUCGUUUCUUUCGUUUCUUUCUUUCUUUCUUUCUUUCUUUCUUUCUUUCUUUCUUUUCCAGCUAAUUUUCUUAUUUUCCUUUUCCAGCUUUCAUUCUUUUCCAUUUUCUUUCUUUCUUUCUUUCUUUCUUUCUUUCUUUCUUUCUUUCUCACUUGUCCCGACAUAUUCUUCCCCCUCUCGCUCGGUCUUCAUUUCUAUCUUCCCUCUCUCCACAAUCUUCUCUCUUCUUCUUCUUCUUCUUCUGUUCCUCUCUAAGUCGAACCACCCGCCUUUCCCCCACCUCUCUCCCCUUUUCAUUUCGCUCCUAAUUCCACAAAUCUAUCUAUCUAUCUAUCUAUCUAUCUAUCUAUCUAUCUAUCUAUCUAUCUAUCUAUCUCAGCCUGAUCUAUGUAUCUCUCUCAGUUUGGUUCUAUCUAUCUAUCUAUCUAUCUUUUUUUUAAAUUUCUGA